UUGGCCCGGUCCCUGUUCCCCAUUACUAUUCCCUGGUCCCGGUACCGGCUCUGACCCGGUUCUGGCCCGGUUCUGGCGCAGGUCCGGGAAGCUGAAGGUGCCGGACUGGGCCGACACGGUGAAGUUGGCCAAGCACAAGGAGCUGGCGCCCUACGAUGAGAACUGGUUCUACACUCGGGCAGCCUCCACAUCCCAUCACCUGUACCUGCGUGGCGGGGUCAGUGCUGUUACCUGCCAGUCUCCCAUUCCCAUUGUGGUUCCCAUUACCCGGGGGUCUCUCACCCCUUACCCGGGGGUCUCUCCCAUUACCUGGGGGUCCCUCCCAUUAUGGAUCUCAUUAUCCUGGGGGUCUCACCUGUUACCUGAGGGUCUCUCCCAUUAACCCUGAGGGUCUCUG